CAGCCAGACAGCCAUAAUAAUCGCCCCGGUCAGCUCGGGAUUUCCGCUCGUCAUCUUCUUGACCAUAGUCUGGUUUAUUCCGUCUUCCUAGUCACAGCAGAACUUGUUUCUCUUCGUUUGCGGUCAAAAAUUCUUGUCAAGAGACGGCCCAGACCGAGACGUCGGGAAUGACCUAUGAUAAAACACUCUCACAGUAAGCCGAUAGACUGGUCAGCGACUACAACUACAUGCUUUGUUAAUGUUGUCCAACUCGCUUCCCUCUGAUACAACCGCCGAGUGGGCACCCACAAGGGGUGUCUACUCUGCAUCAAAUAUGAACAAUCCCACCAGGGAAGAGAUCCUCGACAUCCUGUCAACAGCACCACCAAACGAACUCUCUUCAACCAACACACUGCGACGACAAGCGCACGAUCUCAUCGCGGCAUCCACCACCGACGCAUCAGCACUACCAGACACGCUUGUCGAGCUUCUCACCCAAGUCAUCAAGCCGCUGUUCACAAACACCAAACACCCGGCCCUGACGGCGACAGGUCGAAAGAACCUGGUAUCAGCUCAACACCCCCUGGGAUCUUCAUUCACGCGACAAUUUUCUUCCAGCGACGACGACCGAGAGAAGCCAUGGAAAUCCACACUCUUCACAGUCCCUUUACUCCGCUACAUCUUGGCCAGUUACAACCACCCGUCCGGCGAGCCUGGCGGUCCGCUGGAGGAAAAAGCCAAGACCACGAUCGAAUCCCAUUUCUUCCUGCUUGUACCACCAAUCCUAAACCUGAUCGACGACAGCGACGCAUCAUACAAGGCCGCAGGGUGUUCGUUGCUGCGUAUGCUCUGUCAAGUGCUCGUGGCCGUGAGGAGCGACAUGCUCAAGCGCACGGGGCUGGGGGACGUGUUUGUCGAUGCUCUCCGGGCGAAUUUCAUGCUGUUGCCCCCUCUCACGCCGGAGGAGGACAGUCUUGCCGUGCUGACGGAGCUGUAUCCUGCCUUUUUGGCCCUGGUCGAUGCCAGGUUUGUGAAUCUGAACGGUGAGACUGGCGUUCGAAAGGACAUCUCGGUGUCAAGAUCAACUCCAUCUCCUACUCCUGCAUCAGCACAGAAAUCUGCCGCUGCUGGUGGCAUCAGGGAAGAUGUCCAAAUGGGUACAGACGUGAAACCGCAUCGCGCUAAUGCGGACCCCCCGAGCGGCACCACUUCAACUCCAAUCCCAUCACCGACACAAAUACCACGUACUGAGGCGGAAGAAGUACACAUUCAUAAUCCCACCCACUCAAUAGCUCAGUCAAGCAACCAUACAUCGACAAACUCCUCACAACCACAAUCCAAGAAGACCACCAUCAUUCCACAAGACGCCGGACCCGAAGUUCAAAAAGAAAUCCACCUUCGCCUCUCCCUCCUUACCCUCCUCUACCGCCACGGCAUUCUUCGUUCUCUACACCAUCUGACCUCCUCGGCCUCGGGAUCCCUGGGAACCACCACAUCCGUGCCCAUAACCACAUUUCUGGUCAACCAAAUCUGCCCCGUCUUCCGCCGUCUCGACAUCGUCUCCGUCAAACAUUUACAGUCGUUAGUGCCCAUGCUGCGCGUAUCGCUUAUGGAUCCGUUCCUCCUUACCAGCACCACCACUGAGAAGGACGCGUCCUUAUCUCUGCCACUUGCGGUCCUCGAUGUUCUUGACUGCAUUGUGGCCUUGUGCACCCCCCGUAUCCGCGACAGGUGGUACCCGGAGAUCCUGAGGGGUGUGGUUGCAUGCUGGUUGAAUUGUGUCGACGAUGUACUCCUUGAGACUACUGGGUCCGGCGACAAGUCCAAGUCCAAAUCCGUCGGUGCGGUAGCUGGUGCUGAUGCAACUCAACAUCUUAAAACUGUUAUGGACCGGCUCAAAAGUCUGGUCAGAUUGCUCGGCAGCGGGCAAGUCGUCCCCAAGGCCGAGUGGGAGAGUGUGCGGAACCGCUUGGUUGGUGAGGAGAAGGAUCUUGAGGCCUUGUUUGGGUCAAGUUGAGGUCGAGGCCGUGGCGAUACCUGAAACACUGAGAACUUGGGCUUGGAUUGAUGUGCACAAUGUACUGUGAUAUGAACAUGAUAUCCACCUGACAUGACCACGGUCUGACCUAGACAGGUCAUGGAUCAGUUUGUAACUGGAACGUUGGCGGCCACUGUGGUACCAAGAUGGGUUGACUACUAACUACUCUAUGUAUAACUACUAGUAACGACUUAGAUAUAUGUCCCAUACAUGGUCCGCCUGCCG